UCUGGGAAUGGAAAUCGGGCUAUCAGUGUUGGUAGCAGUGACUAAUCCAUCUCAGUAGCCUCAGUGCUGGAGCAAUGGCUCAGUGGUUAAGAGCACUGGGUCAGAGAUCCAGAGUUUGAUUCCUGGCAACCACAUAGAUGGUCUGUACUGGGAUCUGAUAGCUUCUUCUGGCAUGCAAGUAUACAUUCAGAUAGAGCACUCAAAUAUAAAGUAAAUAAAUCUUUAAAGAAAACAGAACAAUUUAAUGGAUUCAAUGUCAAGUUGACUUCCCUAAUUGGAAAUUUUUAAAUGCUCCAAAAUCUGAAACUUAUAAACAACUGGGAUGAUUUCACAAGUGAAAAAUUCUACAUCUGAUCUUACAUGACAGGGCAGAGUCACAGAACAGAUUAUAAAACUACCUUCAGUCUUAUUUGUAGAAAAUUUGAAAUAUAAAUGAAUUUCACAUUUCAACUUGGGUUCUAUCCCUAAGAUAACUAAUUUAUAUGUACAAAAAUUAAAAUAUUUGGUCCCACACAUUUGAGAGAGGGAAUAUUCAGUGUGUAUCAGUUUGGUUUUUAACCCAUGUAACCAUUGUUCAGAGUAGAGGUGCUGAGCUUUUGUAGCACGGGCUUGCCAGACUGGGCUUCGUUUAAGGGAUUUGCCUGCCUUUGCCUCUCCAGUGCCAACAUAGGCAUGUCAGGCAUACUAUAAGCACUUUUCAUGACAUAUUUCUUUGGUGCCACUUAGUCUUUGUGUAAUUUUACUUGCAGGAAAAAUGCAUAUUGUACAAAUACUUAAAUAUAUAAUUGAAUCUGAGACUGGCAUUUCAAAAUUUUGUAGAACUUUUGAGUUUUGCUCUUUAAGGUUUUAGUGACCUGAGGUCAACUGUGAUCUGAAAAUACUGAAUUUAAAAAAAAAAAAAUCCCAGAAGUAAAGUUUUAAGUUGUAUGCUUUUCUGUGUAUGUGGUGGACUCUCACACUUCCUACUGGGAUGUGUCUUUUGUUUGAUGUAUCUCUGCUAUGUGUUUGACUUUUUUUGUUAGUCCACUUAUCUGAUAGCAGAUACAUCAUAGAUUUCUAAAUGAAAAUGUGCAAUUUUAUUUGGGUCUUAUAUUUUUAUCUCCUCUGGGUAUGAUAAUACUGUUGUAUAUUCAGUAGCUAAACCUUGUAUUUGACUAAAGUAAAAUUCCGCUUGUGGGAGUACUUUCCCCUAAUUCUCUAUUGUAACCUUCAAAGGUUUAAACAUUUAAGAAGUUUAAAUGUUUCUACUUGCAUCACAGAGUUUGAGGACUCCUGAGCAUUUCCAUUCUAGGGACUAAGUUUUGGUGGCUCAUACUGGAGCUUUAACCAGUGUGAUACAGCAUAAGUAAUGGAAUUUGAAAUUUAAGUUUCAAGAUUAUGUAUAAAUGGUUAUGUAUAAAUCAUAAGAAUUUAUGAUCCAUAUAUAAAUCAGUUUCUUAGGGAAGAAAGAGACAAUUAUUUUAAAGGUUUGAAGUGGCUCUUCAAUUUGAUUUUUAAAUUCUUUUUUUUUUUUAAGAUAAAGUCUUGCCUUGUAGCCCAGAUUGGUGUUGAAUUCAUGACCCUGCCUUGACUAUGCUGAGAUUAUCAGCACUCACCACCACACUGCACUGCCUGUCAGUCAUCAAGUGCCCUUAAAGAGCUCAUCUCAUGAUAUGACUGUGUUAAAUAGUAUAUACUGUAAAAGUUCUGCUGGAGCCAGGCAUGGUGGCACACACUUUUAAUCCCAGCACUCACAGGCACUCAAGGCAGAGACAGGUGGAUCGAUGUGAGUUCUAGUUCCAGUCCAGCCUGGUCUCAAACAGGACAGCCAAAAAGAGUUCUGCUCUAGGAAAUACCUCUAAGAAUACUCUGACUUUUUUAUAUGUAAUGUCAGUCUUAAACAUACAUAAUUCAGAAGGUUUAUGGACUUUAUCUGUAGAUAGAAAAUGGGCAUGCAUUGUUAAUGUUUAUAAUUCAUGAAGCAAAUGCGUUUUUGUCUAUUAUAUCAUAUUACACAAAUUUAUUUUUGUUAGGUAAACCUAAUGUAGUUGGAAAAAUUCUAAUGUUAAAUUUUCUCCUAAGAUUUAAUUGAUAGCUGUUUGUUUAAAUGUCCCGAGUUGUCCUGCUCAUGGGGACCAAUAGGAUGUGUCAGUGCCAAGAGGGCAGGUUGUUUGUCUUCCUUGAUGACCCAAGUCAGUAAUUACUAUAUUGUCAGAGUUGUAUGCCUGAAAAUUAAUAAUAACUAGUUUUCAUAGUUAUAGACUACUUCAUAGUUGGUUAAUUAGAAAGUGACGUGUUCCCUCACUUUUCCCAGACAGGGCUUCUCUGUAACCCUGGCAGUCCUGGAACUCACUCUGUAGACCAGGCUGGCUUCGAAUUCGGAGAUUGACUUGCCUCUGCGUCCUGAGUGCUGGGCUUAAAGGCAUGUGCUGUCACCACCUAAGGAGUGUUUUUUGUUUGUUUGUUUUUGAUUUUUUUUUUUAUCUGUUUAUCAUGAUCCCUGAGAUGAGCCUCUAGUUGGUUUUAUUUUGAUCUGUAGCACUGGGGAAUCAAGCCUAGGGCUUACACAUACCUAGCAAAUGCUCUACCACUGAGCUCUAUGCCCAGCACUUCUUUCUUUAAAAAUAUUUGAGACGGUCUUGUUAAAUUGCCCAGGUUGUGUUUGAACUUGCUCUAUAUCCUAGACAGGCUUGAAUUGUGUUCCUCCCGCCUCAGCCUCCCAAUUCAGCUUGCACCAGCAACGUCUCAUUUUUCCACCCUAUCAGAUAAUCAAACCUGUCUCCUGUAGUUAUUAAUGUCUUUGAAAUGAAAAUAUAUGUAAGUCCUUUUAAAGUCUAACAAUUAAUAUAUGGGUACUUAUCUUAUAUUUAGGACUUUAUGAGAAUGGAAAAUUAUGAGGCAUGUAUAGGUUUUGAUCUCUGUGAGACACCCCUCUCCACUGUUGCUCAGAAGAUUUUGUCUGCUAUGCGUUCAGGUGAUUUAGUGGAUUCUAAAAAUGAGGAAGAGAGUACAAAGACUUCAAAUGUGACCAAAAAAUCCAGUGUUCAUUAUUCGGUAUUACCUGAACAUGAGAAGACUCAAUCACUAGAAAUAAAGAACCCUAAGUCAUUAAUAACUCAGACACUAAGAGGAUCCACCGAGCUCUUUCCUCAGUCCUCCAUUACUAAGCUUACAGGUCAGUUCUCUACUGGCCAAGUACAGAACAGUAUCAGCUCUUUGGCUCUUUCCAGUCAUUUAAUUCCACAGUGUGAUCAGGAAUCUUCAGUUUUACAGAAAAGGGAGCAUAAGAGAGAGCACAUCCUAAAGGAAAGUAUAGCUAAAGAAGAUAAGGAACGCUUGAAUUGUAAAAGGAAAUAUAUUACAUGUAGUACUUCCCAAGAAAUAGCAAGUAAACUCUCAGCACUGGAAGAAGAUACUGAUGGGACUGAAACCUGGCUAAACUCCAAGGACACAAGAGCUUUUGGAAAGCGGCUUUGUGAUGUUAGAUAUUUGGAUGAUUUGGCAAAAGUUCAGCUGAUGGAUGUUCUCAAGCAGGCAGCAGCUCUGGUGGUGACACUGAUGUACAAGGAUGGUUCCACGCAGCUCAGAGCUAACCAGACCUUAACUUGUCCUGUUAAAGGAAUCAUGAUAUUACUGAAAAACCAUGUAGACAGAAGCCCCCUGAUUCCCCCAGCCUGUGGUGGUGCUCUGGGAGAGGACUUCAGAUCCACAGAUCAUUGUAUCUACAUACAUACUGAGCACUCCCCUUUCUGGGGUCCAAAGCAAGAAGCACAUAGUCUAUUUGUCAGGAACAUGCUGUUUUGGACACUUACAUGUAAAUGCCCCAUAGUUUGUUUUAAUGCCAAGGACUUUGUGAAAACAGUACUGCAGUUCUAUGGUGAAGAAGACAGCUGGAAGCAUGUGGCUGGUUUUGUAGGACUAGAUCCCAGAGUUGCUGCAUGGCUCAUAGAUCCUAGUGACACUGCACCUUCAUUCGAAGAUUUAGUGGCAAAACACCUAGAAAAGUCCAUCAUAAUCAAACCAAGCAGUACAUUUGGUGAUGCCUCAAGAAAUACUGUGAAUCAGAAUGUAUACAUGAACCUGAGGAUACUCUACGACCUCACGAUGGAUCUUUGUUCCAAGUUAAAGGCUUAUGGCUUAUGGCAACUAUUUUGUACUUUGGAGCUUCCAUUGAUACCAAUUUUGGCAGUGAUGGAAAACCAUAAGAUUCCAGUUGAUAAAGAAGAAAUGAAGAGGACAUCGGCACUCCUUGGAGCUCACCUCAAGGAUCUAGAGCAAGAAGCCCAUUUUGUUGCAGGAGAACAGUUUCUUAUAACGAGUAAUAACCAGCUUCGUGAGAUCCUCUUUGGCAAGUUGAAGCUACACUUGUUGAGUAAGAGGAAGCAUCUUCCCAGAACUGGGCUGCAGAAUCAGCUGUCCACAUCAGAAGCCAUGUUAAAUUCUCUACAAGAUCUUCACCCAUUACCCAAGAUAAUUUUGGAAUAUAGACAGGUUCACAAGAUCAAGUCAACUUUUAUAGAUGGAUUACUAGCUUUUAUGAAAAAGGGCUCCAUCUCUUCUACAUGGAAUCAGACUGGAACUGUGACGGGGAGACUUUCAGCCAAGCAUCCUAAUAUCCAGGGUAUCUCAAAGCACCCAAUUCAGAUUUCUAAGCCUCGGAAUUUUAAAGGUAAAGAAGAGGAGACAGUCACCAUCUCUCCAAGAAAUCUGUUUGUUUCCUCUGAAGGCCACACCUUCCUGGCAGCAGACUUUUCACAGAUUGAAUUGCGCAUUCUUGCACAUUUAUCUGGGGAUCCAGAGCUUUUGAAGUUAUUCCAGGAACCUGAAAGAGAUGAUGUAUUUUCUACCCUGACUUCACAGUGGAAGGACAUUCCCAUGGAGCAUGUGACACACAUGGACAGAGAACAGACCAAGAAAGUGGUGUACUCCGUGGUCUAUGGAGCAGGGAAACAGCGGCUUGCUGCUUGUCUUGGAGUCAGUGUUCUGGAAGCCACCCACUUUCUGGAGAGAUUUUUGCAGAAGUACAAGAAAAUCAAGGAUUUUGCCCAGACAGUUAUUGCCCAGUGUCACCGUGCAGGCUAUGUGACAUCCAUCCUGGGUAGAAGGAGGCCUUUGCCGACUAUCUGUGCACAGGACCAGAAACUUCGGGCACAAGCAGAGCGACAGGCAGUAAACUUUGUGGUUCAAGGCUCAGCCGCAGACCUCUGUAAGCUAGCCAUGAUUCGCAUCUUUGCUGCAGUAGCCACAUCUCCGACCCUUACAGCCAGGUUAGUUGCCCAAAUUCAUGAUGAGCUGCUGUUUGAAGUAGAAGAUACUCAGAUCCCUGAGUUUUCAGAACUUGUCAGAAGGAUCAUGGAGUCCUUGCAACAGGUACAGACCCUGGAACUGGAGCUGCAGGUGCCCCUAAAGGUGAACUUGAGUGUUGGCCGCUCAUGGGGACACCUGGCCCCACUGCAGGAAGCCCUGGGCUCAGCCUGAGCCAUCUCCAAGCAACAGUCCAGCUACCAGUGAGGUCCCACUUCACUACCUACCCCCAUAAAGUACAUUUUUUUAUCCUAAGUUUGUAUCACUGGGCAGCAGUGGGAGGAGAGAGUUGGCUUCCAUUAGUCCAUCCUGUAGCCUUUCCCCAGUGCACUCUGUGAAGGCUAGAUUGAUGCCUUUGUGGGACAACUGGGUCACUACCUGAAGUA